AAUAAAGUAAAAACGAAAGUAAACAGUUUUUCUACACCGGUGUUUUUCGUAGACCAACCAGCCUGAGUACCCCAAUAGUACCACAAGUUAACCGCCGUCUAACUUGUUCUACGGUGACGCGGUUCGCGCUUCUGAUUUUGCGGAGACUCGUGGAUUUUUUGUUUUUUUGGUUUUCAGUACUGCAAGACCGUAUCGACCUCCAAAGUAUCUUUUGGUCUAGAAAAACAUUAAACUUGUUAGGUACCUACCCAAAUUUAACAGUAACCCAAAAUGGCAGUCAAUCUGGAAGAAUUUCCAGACAGAGUGGCGGAAAUGUACAAAGACAAGACCGUAUUUAUCACAGGCGGAACUGGUUUUAUGGGCAAAGUUCUUAUAGAAAAAAUGCUUAGAUCGUGUCCUGAAGUGAAAAGAAUCAUCCUGAUGGUGAGAAGCAAAAAGGGCAAACAUCCCAAAGAAAGAGUCAGAGAAAUAUUCGCCAAUCCACUCUUCGAUAUGGUCAAAGAACAAAGGGGCAAAGAUAUAAUCGAAAAAGUCGACGCAGUGGUUGGCGACGUCAUGCUACCACAACUGGGCAUUAGCGAAGAAGACAGAGAAAUGUUAGCCAGUGAAGUUCAUUUCAUUUACCAUUGCGCUGCCACAAUUAGAUUUGACGAACCAUUGAGAAGAGCCGUACUAUUGAACGCCAGAGGUACCAAGUUUAUGUUGGAUUUGGCCAAGGAAUGCAAAAAAUUGUUGUGUUUUAUCCACGUAUCAACUGCCUACUGUCACCUGAGUGAAAGAAUCCUCUACGAAAUUCCUUAUCCUCCACCAGCAGAUCCUCACAAAGUCAUCCAAGCUGUAGAAUGGUUGAGCGACGACAUUAUUGACUCGAUAACACCAAAAAUCUUGCAAGAUAUACCCAACACAUACGCUUUCACGAAAGCUUUAGGUGAAGCUUUAGUUGUAGAGCAAAAGGAACUGGGCAACUUGCCAGUUAUAAUAUUGAGGCCAUCGGUUGUUAUUCCCAUUUACAAGGAACCAAUCCCUGGAUGGACCGACAACAUAAACGGUCCGACAGGACUUCUUAUUGGUGCAGGAAAAGGUGUCUUGAGGACGAUGUAUUGCAAACAAGAAAGCUAUGCAGACUACCUGCCAGUUGAUAUUGCUGUUAAUGCUUCCAUGAUAUCGUUGUGGUAUUAUUCAACGCAGAACAAAGAAAAAUGGAUUUAUAAUCUAACAAGUUCAGCAGAACACAAGGUCACAAUGGAAGAAAUUAUAACAAUAGGAAGAAAAGUCAUCAAUGAAAGGAUACCUUUAAAUGGAGUUGCUUGGUACCCUGGUGGUUCGAUGAAACGUUCCAGAAUAGUCCAUUUGAUUUGUUUCUUUUUCUUUCAUCUAGUGCCUGCCGUUCUAGUCGAUGCUCUUUUAAUUAUUCUUGGAUAUAAGCCAGUAUUGUGUAGAGUCCAAAAACGUAUCUGGAAAGGUUUCGAAGUAUUUGAAUAUUACGCAAACAACCAAUGGGAUUUUGACAACGUGGAAUCUCUCAAUGCUAGAGACACAUUAAAUCCUAGAGAGAGGCAAAUUUACAAAUGCGAUGGGGAUGAUGUGGAUUAUUACGAAUAUUUCACCACUUGUGUUCAUGCGGCUAGAUUAUAUAUUCUUAAGGAAGGCGAUGAGACUUUGCCGGCAGCCAGGAGGCAUAUGUUUGUAAUGUGGAUUGUUGACAUAGUCUUCAAAGGACUCUUCCUGCUCGGUGGGCUCUAUUACUUAUACCAGAAGAUUCUGAGUCCCAUCAUAGCAUCUUUGUAAUUUUAUUUCUUGAGUUAGGUUUUGUUUGUGUUUUAUUUCUCUAGAUAUAAUAUACUUUUUA